AAAAUCGUGUCAUUUAUCAUUGUAACGGUAACGCAGUACAAUAUAACAAAUCACCUUCCUUAUAGGUCCACACAGUACUGUACUACACCCCACCUUAUUAAGAAACCCUUCACAGCACCCAACACACCCACAACAUGGACAUGGAUCAUGACAUGGGCAUGGCAGCACCACCGCCAUCCACCAUGGUGAUGAUGAAGCGCCGCCAUUUCAUGCACAUGACAUUCUUCUGGGGGACAAAGUCUGAGGUUCUGUUCGACCAAUGGCCCGGGGACAGCCGUGGCAUGUACGCGCUCGCUCUGCUCUUUGUUUUCGUCAUGUCCUUCCUCGUGGAGUGGCUGUCCCACACCCGCUUUAUGAAACCCGGUUCCAACAAGCUCAGCGCCGGUUUGUGUCAGACCGUGUUACACCUCCUUAGAGUUGGUUUGGCAUACCUCGUUAUGCUUGCUCUCAUGUCGUUCAACGCCGGUGUCUUCUUGAUGGCUGUGUUGGGUCACGCUCUCGGCUUCUUCUUCUUUGGUAGCAGGGCUUUCGCUAAACCACACAGUGAUAAGAGAUAUGAUGAUCUUCCGCCAAUGUCUUGUUGAUUACUUUUUUUUUUCUCCUAGUUUUUUUUUUAUUUCCCUAGUUGAAAUAACUAUAAUUAGAGCAUUUAUUAUUAUUAACUUGGAACUAUUUUUGUGAUUUUAAUUGUGUGUUGGGUAGAUGGAAUUGUAGGUGGGGAUUAAGAUCCAGAUCCAGAUCAAAUUUCACGUAUACUUGGUUACCCAUGGUCACUCAUAUAGUACAGUCUUAUAGUUGUAAUAAUGGAUAGAAACUCUUAUUGUUAUGUAAUGUCUACGGUUUGGACUUUGGACCCAUCGUCCUUAAAACAAAUUUCCCUCAAAUGUCAUUCACUGUAUGUGCACACUGCAUGCUCAACUCUAAUGGGCUCAACCCACCUAGCCAAAAAUCUACCGUUGUUCUACGAUUUUCUCUUUGUUAAUUCAUUAUAAAUCAACUUGCAUCACUAGAAUUUUCAUAAAGAGUUUUUGAAGUCAAAAUGGUCAAAGAAGAAGCAAAGUUUGAGUUGAAUACAAUAAUCAUCAAUUGGUUAGAUAUUGCUAGAAGCUAAUGUUGGAAGCUUGAAGAUUUUUGAAGAACAUUCAAGAGAGUAGUAUAACUACAACAUUCUACAACAUUGAAGAAUUCAAAAUCAAAUUGAAUUGAAAUUAGAAGAUUAU